UUUGCAGUUUGCAAGUGUGUGGGCGUGGGAGAGCUGCCACCCAAAGCCGACUUGAGCGAAGGCGCCUCGAUGUGUUUGUUUCUUGCCUGAGCUAGAUUGAGGCGCUGGAGUUGGAGGUGGGGUGGUUUGGAUCGGGGAAUGUGGUGGCCACGGGCUGCCGUUCUGAUUUUGGAGUGUUUGCUUGCGAGAGUGCCGGUGGUGACAUGGCUGCGGUUGCUGAGAUUCUGUCAGCCCAACCAGAUGUGCAGCUGCCUGAUGUGCAAAUAGAUUUCAGCGGGGGUUCGAGGUCGGGUGAAAAUGCUGACCCUGGGAAUGACACCGAACGAUGUGCGAGAAACUUGGAGGAGUUGAACAAUGGUGAAUACCCUGAAUUGAAAACUGCGUACGAAUAUUGGCAGCAAAUUCGUCGUGAAAAAUCAAGUAGUAUCGAUCGGUUACAGUCGGCUAAAAGGGCGGUUCGGAACGAGCUUAUCCAAGUUAUUGGAUUUGGUCUAGUCUUCAUAGGCGUGACUUACACAGCUGCGUCGCAGGCGUCUAUGCUCUGGUGCCAGAAUUGGUAUCUUUCACUUCUGCUACUCAAUUUACUGUUGUCCCUAACCUUAUUUGCAUUUUACCAGAAGAGAAGAGACUUCAUGCGGUGGACGAAGAGGACUUUCCAGAUCAAAAGCGACACAAAGGCUUUGAAAAGUUGGGUAUCUAAUGUGGAGAAAUCGGGCCUAAAGACUUUAAUUUCGCCCAACUCGCCGGUGAUUCAAAAUGUCGCAUUCACACCAAAUCCUCUGCAGCUUUCAAGUUAAAAAUAUUUGCAGUAUUCCUUGCGAUUCUUGUUCCUUGUUACUUUUUCACACAUUCCAUUAUAUCAAUUCUCUGCGAUCCAAGUCCUAUAACGCAGAGAAUUUCCAGCAACAGAAAGUAUCGUGCAUCCGAUCCCCGAAAUCCCAGUAAGCUCCUUCCUCUCCAUUCACACAAGUCGAACACUUCCAGAUUUGUAGAAGUUCGGUUUGCUGGGAUAUAUAUAAAUUGGGUCUAGGUCUUGGCUGUAUAGCGGAUUAGUACAUUAUGAAAUCUUCUCAGGGUUAAUCCUGCCCCGUAAGUUGUGACCAUGAGCUCCACUCAGAUCAUCAAUAACCACCAAGACACUGAACCUCAAGGUUGGCAACAGCCUCGUGUUUACGGAUUUGAGAGUGUUGGAGCCGGGCUAGUAUUACGAAGUGCACGUUGAUCCAAUGCCAUGUACCAAGAGUGUUAUAUGAACCAGGAUUGCAACGGCAGGUUUCUAUUAAUGGGCUCCGAUGACUGCAUUGAGAACAAGUCGAUCACGAUCGAGGAAGAGUAGAACGGCAGCUGCACUCUUCAGAAGCAGCCCAGGGCAGCGAAUGCUAAUCGAACUGGUUCACCAAUUAUGGUAGGUCAGUCGACAGGUCUUCCAGACUUUCAGGUCUGAUGAAGUUCAAUAAUUUCAGGCUGUAACUAGAACGUGUGUUAUCGAAUGGGAUGCAUUGGUAUCGAGGUGUAAGUGUCGGUUCUCGUGGUUAGGUCCGACAUUUUGGACCCCGAGUUCUUAAAACCUGGCGCACCGAAACCCGACACGAUAGUUUGUGUGAGGUGGAGUAAUCACAGUGGAGCAUGUCUCUUCACCGUUGGCUUGAGACGCACACGACUGCGAGUCAAGCGAAAGGCGCAUGCGCUCUCCAGUUAAAUCUGAAGCUGUUUGUUGAAGCCUUUCUAAACGUGAACCUGUAUUCACUUUGAAAAGUCGUGAGUGAAAAAAUCAUAACAACAUUUUUGAUGUGAAAAUUGCAAUGUAUUGGACAUGUUCAUCGAGUCCCAACCAAAGGAGAGGGAUUAUGCGGAGAUUCAACACGCGUUGGAACAGAGUGGUUGCAAAUGACGACAUAGUCUCGAGUAGGAUUCCCCGUGAUGCCCCAAAUCGUGGACACCACGUAUCACCACAUCAGGAUUGCUUGCAACACUGAAGGACACGCGUUCCUGAUAGACAUCGCAGUCUCUGAUUGUGGCCGGAAGAGCCGAAUGUGCCCGCAAGCAAUCGCUCGGCCUGUUUCCUCCACCUGCACAACAGCAGACAUGACAUGGAAAUGUGACCAAUUCACUUUCUAAGGUUAGUCUUGGUCUGCAAGGCAAGGAGCUUACAGUGACUUCAGCUCGCAUAUGCAGGAGCACAGCGCACAAAUGGCAGAGCAAUCAAGCAACGCAGAGAACCCAUAACAUAAGUGUGUGUAUUUAUAAUUUCGUAGUCAGCAUACAGAUGGAGCCAAGACACAGAAAGGAGUUGAGGCCGGAGGUGUUGACUUUCACACCAGUGACGCUGAAUUUCGGGACUUGUUCUUUUAAUUCGCUGGCCUCGACGAUGGUCAGAUUGCGGGCUCCAGCAGCACUGAGCACCCUACUCUUGAUUUUCGGGCACUGAUAUAGAGAAUGUAUCUCUUCUAUGUCAUUUUUCUCCUUCCAAAGUAUGCUUUUAGCUUUCGUCCUAAGUCCUCUCUUUCUCGACUUCGUUCAAAGUUCUCACUUUUGGACUGCAGUGUGUCAUGCGGCAGUGUGUACUGCAGUGGUGAUCAGGGCUUGUCUGCAGGAAGUGUGGAGCUUUUAAUCGGCUUUUUGUCAGCUUCUUGUGGUGUUUGUGGUGUUAUUCUUUCCUUCGGGUUGUAUUUCAAAUUAUGAUGAGUAAUAGUCAUUGGAGCGUGUUUUGGUGGGUGUUCGCUUGAUGUGGGGAUGACCGGUUUGUGUUAGUAUAGUCAGCUGUAGCGUUUCGUAAGAGUCACACCCUACGUUUCAUCAACUAUAGUCAUUCAGUCUUCAACAGAAGAGCCUUAGGGUUGUAACCAUUGUAGCCAUCAAUUUAUAUAAAACUGCUUUU